AUGAGUGAGGGCUUCUUCAACAAGCGGCAGAAAACGGCCUCUUCUGAGAGGCCUAAUAACGAGGACUCGAAGCCCUGGAUCGAAAAAUACAGGCCAAAAAAAUUGGAAGAUGUAACGGCACAAGACCAUGCAGUCAAUGUUUUACAGAAAACGCUGAAAUCUGCUAAUUUGCCACACAUGCUAUUUUAUGGGCCACCUGGAACUGGUAAAACUUCGACAAUUUUGGCGUUGACUAAAGAAUUGUACGGCCCAGAGCUGACUAAAAGUCGAGUGCUGGAACUGAAUGCUUCAGAUGAAAGAGGAAUAGCAAUUGUUCGCGACAAAAUCAAGAAUUUUGCUAGACUGACAGUUUCAAAGCCUUCUGCAUCCGAUAUAGAGAAAUACCCAUGCCCGCCUUACAAGAUUAUUAUCUUGGAUGAGGCCGAUUCAAUGACCGCUGACGCUCAAAGCGCUUUGAGAAGAACCAUGGAAACCUUCUCAAAUGUAACGCGCUUUUGUCUCAUUUGCAAUUACGUUACCAGAAUUAUCGAUCCCUUGGCAUCGCGUUGCUCAAAAUUCCGCUUCAAAUCUUUAGAUGCUUCAAACGCGCUUGGACGUCUUCAGCACGUAGCGACCCAGGAAAGCCUUAAUCUGGAAGACAACGUGCUGGAAAAAAUAAUGGAUGUGUCUCAGGGUGAUUUAAGGAGAGCUAUCAUGCUUCUACAGUCGUCUUCCAAGAUUGUUAAGCACCUAGACCCACCUAUAGUUACUCGCCUUGCAGUAGAUGAGCUGGCUGGUACUGUGCCAUCAGAUUUGGUCUCGAAUCUCACAAGUAAGAUCACAAGCAUGGACUUCUCUGAAAUUAUGAAUUACGUGGGUGAGCUCAAAAGAAGUGGUUGGAGUGGGGCUGCAAUGGUCAAUCAGCUUCAUGAGUAUUACAUCAAUAAUGAUCAGCUUACCAAGUCUUUCAAAAAUGAAGUUUCUUGGCUAAUAUUCGGUUCAGAUUCAAAGCUAACAAAUGGGGGGAACGAACACAUUCAAUUAGCCAGUUUAGCUAUCGGUAUCGCCAAUCUGUACAGAAAAGGUAUGUGA